ACCACAACAAUUGAAACAAUGGGAAGAACCCGAUACAACUUGGUCACGUGUUCACAUGGACUUUGCUGGUCCUAUUUGGGAUUCCAAAUGGUUGAUCAUUAUUGAUGCUGUUAGCGAUAACAGAUGGUAUAUUGUUAUCGCUAUCUUUUUUUCUUUCUCUUCUUGUUUAGAUCUAUAUGUCCUAUGUGCGGUUCGAUGCCAUGAUAUAUAGAUCGUCUUUUCUCUCUCUGGUUUUCUCUCUAUGCCGCCUGUCUGACCUCUCUUUGAACUUUUAAGAUCAGACAGAGGCGGUUGUCUUUGAACUGC